AUGGCUGUCGAGAGAAUUGGUUCUAUCCUGAAGCACCUGGCCCCUGGGUCGUCGCUGAACAACAUCACAUCCAAAAAUGCCGACGACAUCGUCAUCACCCUCGCGAUUCGAACGCCGCUCACCAAGGCCAAGAAGGGUGGUUUCAAGGAUUCAACCCUAGAGUACAUGCUAUAUGCGCUGCUCAAGGAGGUCCGCGAGCGAUCCGACUUGGAUCCUAGCCUCGUCGAGGAUGUCUGCCUGGGCAAUGUCUCCGAUGGCAAGGCCGCCUACAAGGUCCGCGCCGCUGCUCUGGCCGCCGGCUUCCCCAACACCGCCGGCGCCUCGUCCGUGAACCGAUUCUGCUCCUCUGGCCUCAAGGCCACGGCCGACAUUGCCAACUCCAUCACCAACGACGUGAUAUCGAUUGGAAUCGCCAUGGGCGCCGAGAACAUGACUGUUGGCGGCGACAAGCUAGACCAGCCCUUCGACGAGGCCGUCACCUCGGCAAGCCAAGAGGCCGAGGACUGCAUGCAGCCCAUGGGAUGGACCAGCGAGAACGUGAGUAAGGACUUUGGCAUCACCCGAGACCUCAUGGACGCGUUUGCCGCCGAGAGCUUCCAAAAGGCCGAGGCUGCGAAGAAUGCAGGCUGGUUUGCGGACGAGAUUGUGCCCAUCAAGACCAAGAUCCAGGGUCCCGAUGGCGAGUGGAAGGAGGUGACCCUGACUGAGGACGAAGGCAUCCGACCCGGCACCACCAAGGAGAGCCUGUCCAAGAUCCGAUCAGCGUUCCCUCAAUGGGGUGGCUGCACCACUGGUGGCAAUGCCAGCCAGAUCACAGACGGAGCCGCCGCCGUUCUCUUGAUGAAGCGAUCCACAGCCAUCAAGCUCGGCCAACCCAUCGUGGCCAAGUACGUCGGCUCCACCGUCGCCGGUCUGGCCCCGCGCAUCAUGGGCAUCGGCCCUACCGUCGCCAUCCCCAAGCUCCUGACGACCUUCAACAUCUCCCUGGACGACAUCGACGUCGUCGAGGUCAACGAGGCCUUUGCCUCCAUGGGCGUCUACUGCCGCAACAAGCUCGGCCUGACGUCGGAGAAGAUGAACCCCCGCGGCGGAGCCAUUGCCCUGGGACACCCGCUGGGCGCGACUGGUGUGCGACAGAUCGUGACGGGACUGAGCGAGUUGAGGCGGACGAAGAAGAAGAUUCUGCUGACGAGCAUGUGCAUUGGAACGGGCCAGGGAAUGGCGGGACUGUUCGUCAACGAGCAGGUGUAG